AUGAGUAUCUGUAAUAAUACCUCCACUUACAUCCAUCAGUGUAGAUCUGAAAGACAAGGCAACAAUACUGAGCUUUCAUUAGCAAACCUACUCAGACUCACAAAGUUCUUGACUUUUGACUGGGGUUUAUUAAAUGUGGAGACCUUAAACAAGCUUUAUAACUGGGAUGAUAUUGAAAAUACAGUCAGUGGGGCCAAUAUUGAUGAAGAUGCUUGGACCACGGAAGAAUUGAGUUGCCUUGAGAAAAAAAUGAUCAAGCAUGUUCAGAAAGCAAGGGAGAAUGCUGAAGGACAUUAUAACUGCCAAUCAAAAUCUGUUCAAAGGCUUGUGGUGAAGAAGGUUCACAAGGCUAUACUGGCUGCUCACAAAGAACAGGAGGAGGAUAUGUCCUUGCCUACUUCCUUGGAUAAAGACAAGGAAGAGGUGAAUGAACAAGAGGCUGCAAGUCAUCCAAAAGAAGCAUUAUUCUACAAGAACACACUAUCUGAAUGGGAUGUUGCACAGAAAUUAUUUAAGCAGGAAAUCAAUCAGUAUGACAAAGCCAAGCACCAAAGGAAAGGCUUAGAACAUUCACUUAAGUAUCAGAUGGGCCAUGCCAUAGAAUGGUUUGACAACAUGACAUCUUCACCAGGAGGAGUGAUGUUUGUGAGUCACAAGAAAAAAGCUAGUCAGACAUUGCCUGUUACUGUCAUUAGCGUAGUUGCUUGCGUUCAGAUGGAUGAAGUGGUAGUUAUGUUGCAUCUAACGGUCUUGGUUGAUGAUGACCCUUCAGGGGAUGAAGACCAUGCAGCUUCAGAUGAUGAGGAUGAUGAAAAUGGCCCUGUCCUAUCCGAAAUUAUACUAGAUGAUGACAGGCAUGCAAAACUUCCAACCUGUGAUGGUAUCGGCCUCAAGGGCCAACAUAAAUUGAUUAGAAGCAUAUUUCAUGCUUCUUACAGUAGAAUCUUACAUUUUCAUUGUGGCUCUAGACCUGUCUCUUGGGGUACAAUCACUGCCAAAAAAAACGGCUUAGUCACUUACCAAGUGGCACCCUGA